CGUUUAGAUGGAUGCUAGAUGCAUAGCAGUUUUUUAGGAAAUUUUCAAUUCACUUCGAAAAACGUUGCAGCUAAAAUCAAACUUUAUCGGACGAUUUCGUAGAUAAGCGAUUUUUUCGAAUUAACGCAAUGAGAUAAGAUAUACAAGGAAAUUGGUGAGAAUGAACUGGUGCACCGAAAAAUAUCGGUACAAAGUGUGAGUGACAACAUCGAAAUGUGUACACUUGUGCGUUCUCUCUUCUCCGUCUCGAUUUGCCUUCUUGGUCUGGCUGUUGGGUUCGGAGAUGCAGCGAGAAUCUUGGCCUCAGUGGCGACACCCUCUUACAGCCAUCAAGUGGCCUUUAGGACCAUCUGGAAGGAACUGGCGAAAAGGGGACACGAAGUUGUCCUCCUCACAACCGAUCCUAUGGAGGAAGACAUCCAGAACUUGCGACAGAUCGACCUGGGUUCCUCGUACGACGUGAUGAACGAAUACAAUUUCAGCACGACGGUAUCGAACAACGCCACCAACGACUUUUGGAGUUUCGUCAAGAAGAGCGUCGUCACGAUCGGGGAGGCUCAGAGGCAUCAGCUGCUGCUCCCAGAAGUACAAGCGUUGAUCCGCAACUCUAGCGAGCACUUCGACCUGAUCAUGUUGGAGGUGGUGUUUCCGAUACACCUGGGUUUCGUCGAGAGAUUCAAGGUGCCGGUUAUAGGUCUGACAUCUUUAGAUGCCCACGGAAAUUGGCACAUGUUCAUGGGGAACCACGAUCAUCCAAUUUUACAUCCGCAACUGGGACUUAGCCUUUCGUACCCUCUAACGUUCAUGGACAAGAUAGUCAGUGUAUUAUUCAAUGGAUUGAUAAAUAUCUAUGGUCUCUUCGUCGUCAACCCAAUGAUGGACGAAAUAAUACAGCAGGUAUUCGGGAAAGACAGUAAACCAAUAACGGAGCUGAUGAAAGAGGUGGACAUGUUAUUCAUAAAUGUGAAUCCUGUUCUACACCCCAUUAGGGCUGUUACACCGAAUACCAUCAUGUUUGGUGGUGGCACUCAUGUAGAUACAGUUCCUAAGCCUUUACCCGAGGGUAUACGAAAAUUCUUAGACGAUGCAACCCAAGGAGCGAUUUAUUUCAGUUUGGGUUCCAACGUGAAGAGCAACCUAAUAAGGGAUGAACUUCGUCAAGUGUUCAUAGAAACAUUCAAGGAAUUGCCGUUUAAGAUAUUGUGGAAAUUCGAAAACGAAGAAUUGCCGAACAAACCUGACAACGUUAUGAUUCAGAAAUGGGUACCUCAGGCGGACGUCCUUCGGCAUCCCAAUAUAAAAGUGUUCAUAACCCAAUGUGGACUACAAUCGAUGGAAGAGGCAAUAAUGAAUCAUAUACCUCUGAUAGGAUUACCAUUUUUCGCUGAUCAGCCAGCGAAUGCCAUCAUGAUGCACAACAAAGGUUUCGGGGUGCAUUUAGAUCAUACUAAGCUCACUAAGGAAAAAUUUAAAGAGACUAUUAUGGAAGUGAUUAAUAACCCUAAGUAUAAACAGAGAUCAGUGGAAAUAGCCGAUUUAUUGACUGAUGUUGAGAUGACAGGUCUUGAAAAAGUAGUGUGGUGGACAGAGUACGUAAUAAGAAAUAAGGGCGCAAAACUUCUUCGGAAUCCCAUAAGAGAUCUCCCAUUCUACCAGUAUUAUCUGUUGGAUGUUAUAGGAUUUGUCGGAGUUUUAUCUUUUAUAGUAAUAUUCGGUACUGUCAAAAUUAGUUUACUCAUUUAUAGGCUAGUGAGGCAAAUGAUCGUGAAGAAACCAAAAAAAAACUAGAGUAUCGAUGUUUUUGUUGCUUUGAAAUACGAUCACUUCAAUUCUAAAACUCAUCGGAGUGAAAAAUUAUCUGUGAUAAUAAACAGUUGAGAGAAAUUCAAUACAUAGCUUCGAUUGUAAUUGAACUUGCAGUAUUAUUCUAUUUUUCAUUACUGUUUACGACUAAUAUUCAAAAACUGUUUUGGGAAGUUGAACUUGUAAAAAGAAAGGAUGAAAAAAUUCAAUGCUCAUGAUUUAGCUCCUCUCGGGAGGGGCAGUUGCCCCCUCUGCCCUCCCCCUUGGCUACGCCCAUGAGUCAGAUCAAAAUAAUUCUAAAUUGAAACCACAUAUAUUUCAAAAAGUUUAUUUUUCCGUUUUUUGUUUCUCUCAUAUUUCAAUCCAAUUUCACUACAAUAUUUUACUGUAUGAAAUAUUCACCUUCACCUCACAUUAUAAGGAAAUAAAAACUUCUGUUCAGGUA